GGUGCCGGCUGGGGCAAGGCUCUUAUCCGUGGGCAAGUGGACAGGGGCCGCAGUUCCUCUUCCACCGCACCAGGAGACGCACCCUGCGCUUCGGAGGAGCCUGCUCAGCCAGGAGACGCCAGCUCCAGGUCUGGAUCCCUUCCCGGUGGCCCUUUGCCCUUGCGUGACCAUGUCUGGCAGCAGUCCAGAACCCGAGCUGCGGAUCGCCCUGAUCGGCAAGACCGGAGCGGGGAAAAGUGCCACGGGAAACACCAUCCUGGGGAUCAAGAAGCUGAAAUCCACCACGUCGCCCUCCUCGGUGACCAUGAGGUGCGAGAGGUGGGACACCGAAGUCGGCGGACGGAAGAUCGUGGUGGUGGACACGCCCGGCUUCUUCGACACCAACGUCCCGGAAGACGUGACCUGCAGGGAGAUCAGCACCUGCGUGAAGUACAGCUACCCGGGCCCCCACGCCCUCGUGCAGGUCGUCCAGCUGGGCCGCUUCAGCCAGGAGGAGAAGGACGUGGCCCAGCUGAUCCAGAAGGUCUUCAGCCUCAAGGCGAAGGCCUACAUGAUCAUGCUCUUCACCCGGAAGGAGGACCUGGAGGGUCGGUCCCUCCAGGAUUUCUUGGUCGAGGGGGACCAGGAGCUGCAGUGGCAGAUCGCCCAGUGCGGGGGCCGCUGCCUCGCCUUCAACAACAAGGCGGAGGGCCAGGAGCGGGUCAACCAGGUGGCCGAGCUGCUGAGCCUGAUCGACGGCCUGGUGGCCCAGAACGCCAGGGCCCCCUACUACACGGAAGACAUGUUGCAGGAGGACCGGCAGGAGGCGUCCAGGGUCGGCUUGGGUCCCCAUUUCAUACUCUGCAACAUCAUCUGACCUCGCCCCCCCCAAGCCAGGGUCUCGCAGGCACAGCUCCCUGGCUGGGUGGGGGCGCUGCUUCACUGCCCCGCGGCCGAAGCCAGAGCCGGCCCACUCGCCCAGGCGAGGCCCUCGCGGCCUCCUCGCCGUCACCCGCACACAGCAGCUUCUGGGGCCUCCCAGGCACACAACCCCCCCCCCCCCAGCUUGCUCCUUUUUGCGGAAAUUACUCCACAGGGUCCAGGCCCCCUUAGAGCAGGCCUGCUUCGGGGUCGCCAGGCAUCCCAGCGUCCGGGCCGGGGAGGCGGUGUGCGGGGGCCCUGGGAAUGCUCGGGCCGUGCUGCUGGAGCACGCUGGCAGGGCCCGCCGGCCUUUUCCGGUGAUUGUUCCGCAGGCUUCCUGCCACUUAUGUCUGUCCAGACACACAGACGCAGCCAGAUCGAGACCCGUCCUCCGCACAGAGAGGCGGGAGCGGCUGCCUGGCCGUGCAGCGCAGCGGAAACACGGGAAGUGACCCCUCUCCGAACCCACGAAUCCGUGCCUGCACCGUGCCCCGGGGGCAGGCCAGGUGUGAGCCGUGGCAGGGUGAGCGACAGGCCCCAGCUGCAGGCCUUUCGCGGGUGCACCUGGCUGGCGGGCGGCACGCUGCUGCCGAGCACGAAGCCCCCCCCCCCCCCCCCCAGGCCAGGCAUGCUUCACCUUCCUCCUGCAGCCUCUGUGCGGCGCCUUCGGGCAGCUGCAGGCAGCGCUCAGCCGGCACCUCCCCGUCGGCCAUCUUCAGACCCUCCUCAAAGCAGCUCCCUUCCGGAGUCUCAGAAAGAGGGCGGGGGAGGCUCCCCGGAGCUCCCGCCCCCCCCACCUUUGCCACCCCCUCCCAGGAAGGCGCAGCGGAUGCUCUCCACCCGGCUCUGCUGCAGCUCGGUGCAACGGCGGGUGGGGGGGGCAGCCAGAUGGCUGAUCUGGAGCUAGCCCCCUCGUCUGCCGCAGGGGGACUCUGCCUCGGUGUGCCAGCGUCAGAAGUGGGUUACUUUGCCAGAUAACGGCCCUCUGCCACUCACAGUCUCAAAGAGAAACUUUUCGCGUUAUAUAUGUAUGCACCUUCCCACACAAAGGAUGCCAGAAGCUCUGCUUUGGUUGACUAUCAUGUACUGCAAGUCUUUCUCCCAAUUAAAACGUGCUGAAGCGCCUGCCUUGAU